AGAAAGGGUGAAUUAUUCGAGAGCCGAAAUCACUGGCAACCGCUUCGAUCUUGCAUUGAAAAGUGUAAAUCCCAGAGAAGUAAAAUGAACCUCUAGUAGAUAUGUCUUAGGAUUUAAUCUCGGAACAUAGGCCACAAAUAUCUGCAUUUCAUCAUUUGAAAAAGGCAGAACAUUAAAGAAUAUCAAAUUUUACGGACCCUGGACCCUGGAGUUUAAAAUGGAAGGAAAACUUUGGAGACAUCAAUUCAAUUGAAAAGCAUUAGAAGAUUACUAUGGCCUCUUCCUCUUACGCGUCUAAUGCCUGUAGAGCCUGUCGACUUCUCCUGGGUCCAUGUACAGAUGAGUUACGUGACGUUUUACUUCACCAUGUACCGCUGUCAACAUUCCCACACGUCAUUAAACAAAAGAGGAGUAAUCUUCCCCGUCUGACAGCCCAACAAAUGAAUCUUAUUUUACCCAGAGGUAGUAGUUAUACAGGAAACUAUGGUGAUAUGGACAUUUCCUUAUUGUACAUACUACUUAGAAACAUUUGUGGUAUACCACCACACAGCAAUGGCUGGGGAUACGAUCCAGACCCCACAGAUCGAACUCACUCUGCCAACAUUGAGAGAAUCCGUAUUGCCAGAAAUCAAUGUGUACAUUCUUCUAGCCCAGCCCUCUCCAAUGCUGAUUUCAACAGGAUCUGGUCCACUGUCAGAUCAGCAGUUGUGGACCUUGAUUCCUUUCUUAACAAUGGGAACCAGUUUGAGAGAGGGGUGGACUUUUUGAGACAUGAGACGAUGGACCCUGUCCGUGACCGCCAUUACAUAGAAGAACUGAGGAAACAGGCUGAAGAAGAUGCAGAAACUAGAGAAAUGGUCCAAGGACUGAAACGAAAAUUAAAUAAGAGUGAGACUGACAGAAUUAAAAAACACAGAAAAAUGCUAAAUAUUGUAGAUGAAAUUAAAACGCCACAGUCUGUCAUCCCUCCGAAUAUCAGAGAUAUUUUUGAAAAAGAGUUCAAACGAUGGAAAGAGGAGGAUGGGGUUUACAGUGAAAGCCACGGUUUCUCUGCAAUGUUGGACAAAGUCAGAGAGCAACCUUACAUGACAUUUGUUGGUGUCCCAGGCUCAGGAAAAUCAGCAACGAUUCAUCACAUAGCCCUGAUACUCCGGGAAGAAGGAUGCGAGGUUGUACCUAUUAUAGACAUCAGGAAGAUUGAAGAUUAUUCUGACUCUCGUCAUCCACAGGUUUUUGUCAUUGAUGAUGUGGUAGGUGUUUUAGGUCUACAAAAACAAAAGUUAGAGUCAUUGAUAGACUAUGAAAAAAGAAUUUCAGAUCCUUUUAAUACGAAUACAAAGGUUUUAAUGUCAUGUAGGGAAGCAGUAUUUAAUGAAUGUUACAAAUCAUUUUUCUCAUAUGAAAAAAACACAAUUAAGAUGCAUAGUUGCGAAAAUGCAUUGAACAAUGAAGAUAAGAAAGCGAUCCUUGAGAAACACGGCUUGGAUAGAGAUUUGCUGUCCCCUAAAUUACUGGGAGAAACAUUGGGUAUGUUUCCUCUGUUGUGUAAAAUAUACUCAAAAGUGGAGAAAUUUAGCAAGAAUGUUGAAAGGUUCUUUACCCGUCCAGCUGAAUGUAUUAUAGAAGAAUUUGAUAAAAUGCAAGUGCAAAAUAGUUUAUGCUAUGCUACAUUGGUCUUGUGCAUUUUAAAUGACAAUAAACUAUCAAAAGAAAAUUUGAAAAGCACUGCAAACGCUGUUUUCUGGGAGAUGAAAUCAAAAGUAUUAGAAUGUUGUGAAGUUGAAAAUAACACUGAUGCAUUUAAAUUUGUAAAAGUAUUGGCAGCUAUGGAUGGGACUUACACAAAACACUGUGGUACUGAGUACACCAUCAUUCAUGACUCUGUAUUUGAAAUCCUUGCAUAUCAUUUUGGUUAUCAGUUUCCAAGUCUUGUUUUGCAGUAUAUUAGCAGUAGUUACAUUGCCAAUAACGUGAAAGUACAAGAAUGUAAAGGAGAGUUGGAGGUUGAAUGUAAACAAGUUGAAAGUGUAGUGUUUAGUGGUGAGGAGCAUGAAACAUUAAGUAGUGAAAGAAGCCAGGAAUCAAUAAAGCUCUGCCUUAGGUUAAGGGAGGAUCAGUAUCCAAUGUUAGCUGAGCGUUUUUACAGAGAUAUAGAAAAUAUGGAGCUCUAUGAUGUGUUCAUGAAUAAUGUUUUAAAACACCCCAGAGUUUGUCAGGCUUUUAUUGAGGUGUUAGAGACAAAGUCGUACACAGAUUUGAAGUCUUUAUUUCUGUCCGAACAGAAAGACGUGUCCAAGGUAGUGAGUAAAAAAGAGCGUGUGAGUGAGGAUAGUGAGAAGAGAGAAAAAAGGUACUGGGAGAGGGAUGGACAGCGUGUGUUGGUGAGUGAGAAUGGUGAUAAUAAAGAAAAAACAUACUGUCUGAGGGUUAUCAGUUGGGUGGUUUACUACGGACACAAUCAGAUUUUACAAUAUAUUCUAAAACAAACUGAAUUACACAAAGAAACAAAGAUUGAACUAUUUUGGAAUUCCUUUAGCCCCAGGCUAAUCUCUGAAGAACAAAAAAGAGAAAAAAACAUUGAAAAAAAUAUUGCAACAGACGUAUUAUCUUUAUCAAACUCCAUUUGUGAUACAACAUAUCAAAAACAGGAAUAUAGUCGGUCCUUUUUUGAACAUGACCGCUUAUUUGUAUUGAGCUGUUACAGUGGUGAUUUGGUGACUGUAAAAAUUUUAAUCAAGUACGUCGAUAUAAAAACGACAAUCAAAAACCCCCAAUAUUUGUUUUAUGAUACACCACUGACAGCAGCAUGUAAAGGUGGACAUAUGAGUGUAGUGAAGGAGCUUAUAGAAGCCGGAGCUGAUAUCAAUUUACAACGUAGGUUUGAUACACCACUGACAGCUGCAUGUAGGGGUGGAUAUAUGAGUGUAGUGAAGGAGCUUAUAGAAGCCGGAGCUGAUAUCAAUUCUAAAGGCAAGUAUGAUACACCACUGACUGCAGCAUGUAAGCGUGGACAUAUGAGUAUAGUGAAGGAGCUUAUAGAAGCCGGAGCUGAUAUCAAUCAAAACGGUGAGUUUCAUACACCACUGACAGCAGCAGUGCAGGGUGGACACAGGAGUGUAGUGAAGGAGCUUAUAGAAGCCGGAGCUGGUAUCAAUCAAAAAGGUAAGUAUAAUACACCACUGACAGCAGCAUGUAAGCGUGGACAUAUGAGUGUAUUGAAGGAGCUUAUAGAAGUCGGAGCUGAUAUCAAUCAGCAAGGUGAGUUUACUACACCACUGACAGCAGCAUGUAAAGGUGGACAUAUGAGUGUAGUGAAGGAGCUUAUAGAAGCCGGAGCUGAUAUCAAUCUACAAGGUGAGUUUACUACACCACUGACAACAGCAUGUGAAGGUGGACAUAUGAGUGUAGUGAAGGAGCUUAUAGAAGCCGGAGCUGAUAUCAAUCAAAAAGAUGGGUUUAAUACACCGCUGACUGCAGCAUGUGAGGGUGGAUUUAUGAGUGUAGUGAAGGAGCUUAUAGAAGCCGGAGCUGAUAUCGAUCCUAAAGGUAAGUAUAAUACACCGCUGACUGCAGCAUGUCAGGGUGGAUAUAUGAGUGUAGUGAAGGAGCUUAUACAAGCCGGAGCUGAUAUCAAUCCUAAAGGUAAGUAUAAUACACCACUGACAGCAGCAUGUCAGGCUGGAUAUAUGAGUGUAGUGAAGGAGCUUAUAGAAGCCGGAGCUGAUAUCAAUCCUAAAGGUAAGUAUGAUACACCGCUGACUGCAGCAUGUGAAGGUGGACAUAUGAGUGUAGUGAAGGAGCUUAUAGAAGCAGGAGCUGAUAUCAAUCUACAAGGUAAGUUUGAUACACCACUGACAGCAGCAUGUUGGGGUGGACAUAUGAGUGCAGUGAAGGAGCUUAAAGAAGCCAGAGCUGAUAUCAAUCCUAAAGAUAAGUGUGAUAAACCACUGAUAGCUGCAUGUUAUGGUGGACAUAUGAGUAUAGUGAAGGAGCUUACAGAAGCCGGAGCUGAUAUCAAUCAAAAUGGUAAGUUUCAUACACCACUGACAGCAGCAUGUGAGGGAGGACAUAAGAGUGUAGUGAAGGAGCUUAUAGAAGCUGGAGCUGAUAUCAAUCAGCAAGAUAGUUGUGAUACACCCCUGACAGCAGCAUGUGAGGGUGGACAUAUGAGUGUAGUGAAGGAGCUUAUAGAAGCCAGAGUUGAUAUCAAUCAGCAAGAUAGUUCUGAUACACCCCUGACAGCAGCAUGUAAGGGUGGACAUAUGAGUGUAGUGAAGGAGCUUAUAGAAGCCGGAUCUGAUAUCAAUCAAAAAGGUAAGUAUGAUACACCACUGACAGCUGCACUGAUAGCAGCGUGUGAGGGGGGACAUAUGAGUGUAGUGAAGGAGCUUAUAGAAGCCGGAUCUGAUAUCAAUCCUAAAGGUACGUAUCAUACACCACUGACAGCUGCAUGUAAGGGUGGACAUAUGAGUGUAGUGAAGGAGCUUAUAGAAGCCGGAUCUGAUAUCAAUCCUAAAGGUACGUAUCAUACACCACUGACAGCUGCAUGUAAGGGUAGACAUAAGAGUGUAGUGAAGGAGCUUAUAGAAGCCGGAUCUGAUAUCAAUCAAAAAGGUAAGUAUCAUACACCACUGACAGCUGCAUGUCAGGGUGGACAUAUGAGUGUAGUGAAGGAGGUUAUAGAAGCCGGAUCUGAUAUCAAUCAAAAAGGUAAGUAUGAUACACCAUUGACAGCAGCAUGUCAGGGUGGACAUAUGAGUGUAGUGAAGGAAGCUAUAGAAGCUGGGGCUGAUAUCAAUCAACAAGGUAAGUAUCAUACACCACUGACAGCAGUAUGUAUUCGUGGACAUAUGAGUUUAGUGAAGGAGCUUAUAGAAGCCGGAGCUGAUAUCAAUCAAAAAGGUGAGUAUACACCACUGACAGCAGCAUGUAAGGGUGGACAUAUGAGUGUAGUGAAGGAGCUUAUAGAAGCCGGAGCUGAUAUCAAUCAAAAAGGUAAGUAUCAUACACCACUGACAGCAGCAUGUGAGGGUGGACAUAUGGGUAUAGUGAAGGAGCUUAUAGAAGCCGGAGCUGAUAUCAAUCAACAAGAUGAGUAUGAUACACCACUGAUAGCAGCGUGUGAGGGGGGACAUAUGAGUGUAGUGAAGGAGCUUAUAGAAGCCGGAGCUAAUAUCAGUCUACAAGGUAAGUUUAAUACACCACUGACAGCAGCAUCUAAGGGAGGACAUAUGAGUGUAGUGAAGGAGUUACUAGAAGCGGGAGCAGAUAACAUUCUACAAGAUAAGUCAGAAACACCAACGACAACAGCCCAUUGAUGUGGACAUACGAGUGUAGUGAAAAAGCUACUAAAAGCCAGAGCUGAUAUCAAUCAGCAAAGAGUACAAUACACCACUUGAUAGCAGCAUGUAAUAGUAGACAUAUGAGUGUAGUGAAGGAGCUUUAAACGUCGGAUCUGAUAUCAAUUAAAAGAGUGAUAUUAAUACUCAACAGACAGUAGCGUAUAUUGGAUGAUAUAUAGGGGGAGGGUAGUGAAGGAGCUUCUAGGGAUAGGAACUGGUGUAAAUGAAGUAAAUGGGUAUCAUAUACCAUAUGAUGGUGGGUUUAGUUUAGAUGUCUAUGUUAGACUUAAAGGGUGUGUCGGUUCUAAAGAAGGCACGCUGACUAUUGAAUAACUUUUUAAAGAAUCAAAGAUUUGUUUGAAUACCUAAAACGUGCUGAGAGGAAGAUUUUGCUGAGUAAAUCAAAUAAAGAUGAAAGAUUAGAAAAAAAGUAAUUCCGUAUAGUGUACAUUAAAAUAUUAUUGAAAUAAAAGCAUAUAACCUG